UGUCCCUCUAGGCGCCCCGUAGCCGCGCGGCCGCCAAGAUGGUGGCGCCGACUGCCGUUCAGCGGCCGCGCCGGAGGCCGCGGGGGCCGGAGCGGAGCCGCCGCAGCUGAGGCUCCGGGAGCCCCACUCCAGGCUGCGCCCGCUGUCGGGACCCGGAUUGGUGGCCGGCGCCGACUCCGGCCUCGGGGUAAUCCCGGGCCGCCGGGACAUGGUGCGAGGAGCGCUCCGCUGCCGCCGCCGCCGCCGCCGCCGCUGAGUUCGCGGGCCGCGCCUGGCUCGCACGUCCAACAGGAAGAUGUUCUCCGCGCUGAAGAAGCUGGUGGGAUCGGAGCAGGCUCCGGGCCGGGACAAGAACAUCCCCGCCGGGCUUCAGUCCAUGAACCAGGCGCUGCAGAGGCGCUUCGCUAAGGGGGUGCAGUACAACAUGAAGAUUGUAAUCCGGGGAGACAGGAACACGGGCAAGACCGCACUGUGGCAUCGGCUGCAGGGCAAGAAGUUCGUGGAAGAGUACAUUCCCACACAGGAGAUCCAGGUCACCAGCAUCCACUGGAACUACAAAACCACUGACGAUGUAGUGAAAGUUGAAGUCUGGGAUGUAGUUGACAAAGGAAAAUGCAAAAAACGAGGUGAUGGCUUGAAGACGGAGAACGACCCCCAGGAGGCAGAGUCUGAAAUGGCCCUUGAUGCUGAGUUCCUGGAUGUGUACAAGAACUGUAACGGGGUGGUCAUGAUGUUCGACAUCACCAAGCAGUGGACCUUCAAUUACGUCCUCCGGGAGCUUCCUAAAGUGCCGACCCAUGUGCCAGUGUGUGUCUUGGGCAACUACCGAGACAUGGGUGAGCAUCGAGUCAUUCUGCCAGACGACGUACGGGACUUCAUCGACCACCUGGACAGACCUCCAGGCUCCUCCUACUUCCGCUAUGCUGAGUCGUCUAUGAAGAAUAGCUUUGGCCUGAAGUACCUGCAUAAGUUCUUCAACAUCCCAUUUCUUCAGCUACAGAGGGAAACACUGCUGCGGCAGCUGGAGACAAACCAGCUAGACAUCGACGCUACACUAGAGGAGCUGUCAGUGCAACAGGAAACUGAAGACCAGAACUACAGCAUCUUCCUCGAAAUGAUGGAGGCUCGCAGUCGAGGCCACACGUCCCCUCUGGCAGCCAAUGGGCAGAGCCCAUCCUCAGGCUCCCAGUCGCCAGUUGUGCCUCCAAGUGCUGUAUCCACAGGCAGCUCCAGUCCCAGCACACCCCAGCCUGCGUCCCAGCUGCCCCUCAGUGCCCCCUCUGCCUGUCCUCCAGCACCAUCCCCUGCACCCCCCUUGGAGGCCCUACCCCCUUCUGCACACGCCUCAGCUCCAGCUCCAGCCCAGCGUCGCAGUAUCAUCUCUCGGCUGUUUGGGACCUCAGCAGCUGCAGAUGUGACCCCUUCACCUCCAGAGCCAGUGCCAGCUCCAGAGGCUCCAGCAAGAGUCCAGAAGGUUGAGGAUUUUGUCCCUGAAGACGGCCUUGACCACAGCUUCCUGGAAGACACUACCCUGCCUAAAGACAAGAAGAUCGGGGUCAAAGGCCCACAGCAGGAUAGUGACAGUGAUGAUGGGGAGACCCUAGGAGGAAACCCAAUGGUGGCAGGCUUCCAGGAUGAUGUGGACCUUGAAGAUCAGCCUUGUGGCAAAUCCCUGCUGCCCUCCAACCCCAUCCCCAGUAAGAAUAUCAGCCUCUCGAGUGAGGAGGAAGUUGAAGGAAUGGCAAGCCACCCCAGAGUGGCUCCUCAGCAAUGUUCAGAGCCAGAGACGAAACGGUCCUCCACCAAGACCUCACGGCCACAGAAGAAGGCAGUUCCCCCAGGAGUCACAGAGCACCCAUGGUCAGGUGGCCUCACUGCUGGCUCAGGUCUUGAACUCAGCAGUACCAAGCCCCCUACUGAGAGCUCUAACAGACCCCAGGAAGGGAAGGACAAGCAGGUGUCAUCAGAAAGUGAUCCUGAGGGGCCUAUUGCUGCCCAAAUGCUGUCCUUCGUCAUGGAUGACCCCGACUUUGAGAGUGAUGAAUCCGAUUCACAGCGGAAAGUGGGUGAGUUCCCAGUGAGAGAAGACCUCUCUGAUGGGACUGAUGAGGAAACUGGCCCUGCCCAGCCACCCCCACCCUCCAAGCCCCAAGUCCCCUCCUUCAGACUGAAGAAUGACUCGGAUCUAUUUGGGCUGGGCCUGGAGGAGACAGAACCCAAGGAGAGCAGUGAUGAAGAUAAGGACAGCAAACUGACUUCCAAAGAGAAGAAGAAGAAGAAGAAGAAAAGCAAAGAGGAGGAAGAAAAAGCUACGAAAAAGAAGAGUAAACAUAAGAAGAGCAAGGACAGGGAGGAGGGCAAGGAGGAGAGGAGGAGGAAGAGGAGGCCCCCGAGGAGCAGGGAGCAGAAGGCCACAGACGAGCUGGAGGCCUUUCUGGGUGGUGGGGCCGCUGGCAGCCGACACCCUGGAGGCGGGGACUACGAGGAGCUCUAGGCCUGCCAGGGGCAGUUGACUGGCCUGGGAAGAGAGGGACUGCCUGUGGCUGAGUGAGGAGACUGCUGCCUGUGCAUCCAAGACCCCAGGACCACCCUGCCAUCUCAUGUCCCCAGCCAUUAUGUCUGCCCCCAUGUGGUCUGGCCUGUCUAUGCUGAUUUCUGUACUGGAGGCCCAAGCCAGGCCUUGGUGGUCAGGCCCUUGGGCCAGGCACUGCAGGUGCUGGGCCUAAACCCAGAAGAAACCUGCUCUGCAGGGAGGGAGGGGACAAAGCAGGGUUGCAGCCGGCCUGGUGAACCACCGGGUCCUCCCCAGAGCGAGCCGCUGCCAGUCCCCAAUGUUUCUCAGGGAUGUGACUGAGGCCGAGAAGGGGUCCCCCAGGGUCUGUUUACAGAGGCAGGGUGUGGGGCUGCUUGGCUUCUCAGACAUCCACCACCCAGCCCCACUCCUGCUUGCCUUCCCGAGCUCUCCCAGGGCCAUAGCAUGGCUUGGGCUGUCGACUCCCCUCCCCAUGGAUCCAGAGCAGAGUGCGCCCCUGCCCUGAGCACACACACGUACUUGGGAGGGUGUGGCAGCAUCUGCCACUGUAAGGUGGCCCAGGCCCUACACUGAGUAAGGCUGGCAAGAGAACAGCGUGCACCACCUCACCUGGGAGAGGCACUAACAGCUUGCCGCUGUGCACCAGCUGCGCCUCUGCCCAUUGAGCGCCUGCGCAGGUGAGCCGAGCCUAGCCGGCGCCUUCUUAGACACUCCACCAAGAUUAUAAAGCUCUCUGAUUUUAC